CACAUGUCUCGUAUAGGCUGAGUUAAUCUUGGUCACGGUUACCGCGCGGUAAAUAAAAAUAUUCGUUAACAAAAAUUGUUUUUAUUAUAUUAAAAUACUAAUUUAUUAUAGUCGAAAUUAAAAAUAUAAAAAGGGUUAUUGUAUACAAGCAUAAAAUAAUGCGCGUGAUUGAAUGAAUUAAUAAAAUUUGUGUGAAUUGAUAAACUUUUGGUGAAUUAUUGGACGAUUCUGCAACAAUGUUUCGUUAUUUUUUAUUUUUCGUGUUUGGGGGCAGUGUGCUUGGAAGCUAUAUAGAAUUAAAUGAUACACUCUUAUCAACAAUACCACCGCUCUACGAUCUGGACGAAUGGACGUCGUGCCAGCGGCCCAUGGACAGAUACUGUAUGGUGGAUGCUGCACUGGUUUCGAAGACACCGUCGCCUCUCCUUGAUCUACUGAAGGAUUACUCCUCGCAGACGCUAAAACACUACAACAGGAGCCAAGUCCACAGAGGUGUAUGUGUGUCGCGUUGUCAUAGCAACGCUUCGAAUUGGCAGGACGCGGCGCAGCACUGCGUCAACCAGAGCGUACAGAGUUAUGGUCUGGAGGCAGAGGUGGUAUCAGCAGAAUGGUGCAGCGUAGCUGGCAGUGAUCAAUCAUCAGCCACAUCACGCGCGCUUGGGGUGGUGAUGAUUGCGCUCUUGGUGAUGACUUGUCUCGCCACUGGUCUGAAUGUGCUGGGUGAUAGAUGUGGAAAGUGUGAUGGUAACAGGUUUUUAAUGGCAUUUUCUUUGAAAAAGAACUGGGAGAUACUCACUUAUGAUAGAUCCAAGCCUAGGCAGGAGCAGAGGAUGAAAGACUUAACCUGUUUAGAGGGUAUCAGAUUCAUUGGGAUGCAAUGUGUGAUGUUUGCUCACGUCAUACUGAUUUACGUCUACUCGUAUAUCGACAACCCUGAGUUUAUAGAAAAGAUAUACGAUCAGCUGAUUUGGAAGAUAGUUCUGAACUCACCAGUGUGGCUGCAAGCUUUUUUCUCUAUAUCUGGUUUCCUGACAGCAUACGUCAUUCUCAUAGUGACGGAGAAGAAACCGCUGACGUUCGUCAAAUGCUUGCUUGGCAUUUUAAAUAGAUGGAUAAGGUUAACUCCAAUCGCGCUGUUCGCGCUCGUCUUCACGAUCGCGUGGUACCCACAGCUGGGCGCGGGCCCGCAGUGGGCCUGGGUGGUGCAGCGCGAGGCGCACGACUGCGCGAGCCGAUGGUGGCACCACGUGCUCUACGUGCAUAACCACCUGCCGCUUGGCAAGUUCUGCAUGGGGCACACGUGGUACUUGGCAGUGGACAUGCAGUUCCACGUGCUAGGCAUGCUACUGAUGUUCGUGCUGGUGCGCUACCGGCGGGCCGUAGCGCCGGUUCUACUACUUCUCAUGCUGGGAUCGAUGGUAGCAGCGGGCUGUGUCACAUACUUUUACGAGCUCUCGCCUAUUGUUACUGCGCAGUCGCCUGAAGAUCUCCGCACAAUGUUCCUCGACUCCCGUAUCCUACCGCUGCUGUACCUGCCCAGCUGGAUGAACCUGCCGGGCUACGUGUGCGGGGUCGCCACUGCCUUCAUCUUCUACCAUACACAACAGGCUGGCAUUAAUCUCAGUGAGAAGAAGUGGUUCAGAACCCUCUUCCACUUGUCACUGCAUGCGGGCAGCGUUGUAGCGCUAUGCGGCACAGUAUUCUUAUCGGACUUUGCAAGCACAAGUGCCGCAAGUGAGGCAGGUGGGGCAGGAACGGCACGUGUAUUCGGAGCAAUAUACGCGGCGCUCGACCGGCCGCUCGUAGCGAUGUGCUACAGCGUGUUUAUGCUCGGACUGUUCGCGAGGUGUCCGUCGGGAGUCCUUAAACUGCUAAGCUGGCGAGGUUUCCACGUGCUCGGGCGCCUAUCGUACUGUGCGUUUGUGAUUCAUUUCAUCAUUAUCCGCUUCGCCGUUGCAAGUAACACGCAGCUUGGACAUGCAUCCAUUUUCUCUAUGCUCUCUCUUCUUAUCGUGGGUUCAGUAGUCACAUACAUAGUCUGCAUCCCGGUGUGCCUCAUCAUCGAGUUACCGGUUAUCCAACUGUGGAAGGCCGUGACGGAAGCACCCGCGGAGCAGGUAGACCCACCAGCUAACCCCAAAUUUGAUCUCGUCGCUAGCAUAAGUCGGAGAAAUGUAUGAUUAUAUUGUGUUCUAUAGUAGUAAAUAUGAGUUACUUUGAAGCAAAUGGUGUACUUACUGUAACAAGCCAUUACAUGUGUGUAGUAGUAGUGUGUAUUCAUUAUUUUGUAAAUAUGUAUCUAUAUAGUAUAAAACAUAAGAGUAUGUAUGUUUGAAACAGCUAAUCUCAGGUACUACUGGAUCGAUUCUUAAUUGUUUAAAGAUUUUGCAAAAAUUCCUUUAAUUCAUUUUAUAAUUUACCAAGAAAUAUAGUAAUUAAAUAUUGAUUUAUUUACGAAUACAAUCAAAAGAUGUUUAGGAAUCGCUAGUUUUCAUUACUGAGCCAUGAUAUGUACACGUGUGUGCGUGUGGCCCUGUGUACCGACAGAGCCGGCUGAAACCGGUGAUUGAUUGAUUUUAUCGAAGUGUGCGUACGUUAUUCUAGCGUUUUUAAUUAACUUAGGCAUUCAUUUUAAGUUUUUAAAUAUAUAUUUAGUAAUCUUACAUAGAGUAUGUUACUUCACCAUAAUAAUAUUUUAUUUCAGUCAUAGUUGUAAGUUUUUAACUGAGUGAAGGAUUGUAAUUAUUACUAGAAAUGUACUUAGUGUGUAUAGUUGUAAAAAGCUCAAUUAUUUUAGGUGUUUUUAUACAUUUAUGUUCUAAUUUUAAAGGUUUUAACCUUUAUUUUGUUAAAUAUAUUAUAAGCCGAAUUAUGUGCAUUGGAUUCAAUAUUGUUUUAAGGUAAUUCAUUCAGUCAUUAAUCAUAUGAAUAUAGAAAAUUAUGGCAUUUGCCGCCAUAUUAUGGAGUUACCUAGAUAAUAAAAGACUUUUUAACAGAUUAUAAAAGUGAUGUAUUCAUGAUAUUAUUUACUAUUUUAUAGUAUAAAAGAUUGUUUACUUUAUGAAUAAUUAUCGUUGCUUAAAUUGAUUCUGAUAUAAGGAAUGUGUAGUAAUUUAAUUUUGUUAAGCGGUGAAUUAUUAUAAUGUAUAUAUUAGUUCUAUUCUAUAGGUUCAAUCAAUAAAAUCGAAUAAAU